UUACGUAGUUAUGUUAAUCCGGAACAGACAGGUGGUAUCAGACAGGUGUUGGGUCUGCGGAAAUGUUUGGUAGUAACGGUUCUAUGGCGGUGUGCGUGAGUCAUCUCGUCCAUUGAGCGGCGGCGGCGACGGCGGUCCAUUGAGCGCCUCAUUACCGCUCCGCCGGCCGGCCCAGCGCACACGCAUCUCGCGCCGCUCGCCGCCGCCCGCCGUCUCCGACGCACUGCCUACGAUGUUCGCUCCCAACGCUCGAUGCAACAUGGAGAACUUCUCCAAAUCUCACAUUUGGCUCGCCGCUGCGGCGCUGCUGGCCGCUUGCGGAGGGUGCGCCGGUGCGGGCGUCGGCGGCAGGAGGCCGUUCACUCCCACCGACUCCAUCCUUGACAUUAUAGACACCGAGCAGGUCGAGAGGAUCCUCGCGGCGCGCCGUCGCGCAGAGCAGGCCUCCGCCACUUCGCCUUCAUAUGUUCAGAGGAACGAGCUAGGCGAAGGCACCUCCGACACUAUGAUAGUUUCGAUGCCAGAUCAAGAGGAUAGUACAGAAUUGCCUCCGGGAGUUGAUUUCCGAAAAAUUUUAAAAUCUUCAAGAAACGCUCUCGUCGUUACAAAGAAAGAAUAUUUGAAGCAGGAUUGGUGUAAAACGGAGCCAUUGGUGCAGAAAAUAAGAGAAAACGGCUGUUUACCGGCGACGGUCAUCAAUAACUUUUGUUAUGGACAGUGUAACUCAUUUUACAUUCCAAAAGGACCACGUCGCCGAGACGGAAGCGACGACCGGCCGGCGCCAGCCUUCAAGUCCUGUUCGUUCUGCAAGCCUAAGAAGUUUACUUGGAUCACGGUCACGCUCAAGUGUCCGGGGCAGAGGUCGCUUUACAAGCGUAAGCGGCUGCAGAAAAUAAAACAGUGCAAGUGUUUACCGGUGGGAGUAGUCAAUUGAUCAUGAACUUGUGCAGGACCCUCAGCCGAGGCGGUCAACCGUCCGUGCGGCGCCGCGCCGCGCCGCGCCCCCGGCCGCGGGAGCGACGAACGGGGUGUAACUCCGAGGAAAGCGAAUUCAGCUCUCUCGAGGUUUUGUACAAAACGAAUUGUUACCCAUUGUUUUGAUAAGUAUUACUUGUGCAUUUCAAUUGUGACUCGGAGAAAACUGGUUCAAUAGUUCGUAUCGCAUGCUCUCAUACGUCAAUAAGCAUGACGUCAUGUGACGCAUUUAUAUGGAAUAUUAGUGUAGCUUAUUAUAGCGGCUUCGAUUGCAAGUCGUAAGCGAGAGCUUUAAAUUAUUAGAGAGGACGAUUUAAAGUUAGGUACUGUAGGUAGUGUAGUAUACUUUGUCGCCGUUUCAAAUAUGAAUGUUUGGGAAUUCGUUAGGUACUCAAAAAUAUUUAAAAUUAUCAUACAUUAAUCAUUAAAGUAUGAAAUAAUUAGGAAUUGAAAAGUGUGAUAUUAGUCCUAGCAUUUCGAUAUUUUACCCAGUGCACUGCGUUAAAUACUUAUGUACAAGUUGUCUGUGUAGAUUUAUUUAUUUAUUAAAGUAGAUAUAAGUAGAUACUAAUAUUGUUGCUGAAACGUAAUACGCUUAUAAUAGAUACAUAAUUGAAAAAUAAAUCGGCAACAAACUUAACAUAAUUUUACGUAAACGAAAGAUAUUUCAGAUCUCUAUAUGCUCUCGAAAUUCGUAUUUAAAUAAAAAACAAAGGUUAUAUGAAACGUAAAACAUUGAGUGGUUGUCAUAACUGUGAUGGUUUUGAUUCAGUUCAAUCAACGUCAUAUAAUUUUAAUACAAUGUCAUAUGUAACUGUAACUUAAUUGUCAUUGCGUAAUGUGAUUUGUGUUUUGUUUGCAUUGAGUUUGAUUGAUGCCAGCUUCUAUUGUUUCGACAUUUUGUGUAGGUCCUUUAUCGUACCUAGAAUAUUGUUCUAAAUUUUAUUUCUAAUCUUGCCAUUCUAAUGCGCAUAUCAAUCAAAAGCUAGUUUUCAACAUGUUGCUGAUAUCAUUUUUCAAAUAAUAAAGAGUCAUAAUUGUGAAUUAUUUCUUUCAGUAUGAAAAACGCAAUAAAAUUAUUGUUCAAAAAAAGACUAACUUAGUUUUUUAAUAAUAUAUAAUAAACGCUAUCUCAUAGCUCUCUCUCGCACUUAUAUGAAAGAGAGAUAGAGCAACAGAGAGAGUUUCGUUGUUUUAGCCCAAACGAUUGUCAUCUUGAGUAGGCAUCUGUUACUAUUUGCUUUUGUUUACCAUUUACCUGAUUAUUGUAAUUUGUAACUCUGUACGCUUUUUGGUAAUGAAAAUGUACUAGAGACUAUUUAAAAUUGUUUUAAAUAUAUCAUUGAAGAUGAAAGAGAUUUUUGCUUCAGAAUGGAUACUGCAACAUUUUGUUUGUGUAGUAAAAAUCAAAUACAACACGUACUUUUGGAAAACCAAAAAGUUGAUCUGGUAAUAUUCAAUUAAUAAAUUUGUGUCCUCCAUUAUUUUUGAUUUUUAUUAAAUGUUCCUUGAUCUUUUUCCUGAUCCUGACUUGUUCGUUAUAAUUUUAGGCUAAUGAUUCAAAAUAGUCAAGACUUCAUGGUCGGUGAACCUGUUAGUUAGGUUCAGUGAUCCAAAGUGAAUCUUGGCCUCCGAAACGAGAGAUCUCU